AUGCUCCAAGAAGAUUUUCUCACUCUCUCUCUAUCAUCUUACACCAACAACAACAUCAUCUCAGAUAACACUCCUGCUCCUGCUCCUGCAACAGCAUCGACAAGUGACGGAACCAUUCCCCCGCCUUUUCCAUGGGCGACGAACCAGCGAGCGAGGAUCCACAGCUUCAGAUACCUGAUGCUGAACAAGAUGAAUAGGAUCAGCGGGAGCGUCCAGUGCAAGAGGUGCUUGAAGGUGUUCGAGAUGGAGAUUGAUGUGAGGAAGAAAUUGAGUGAGUUUCGGAGAUUCAUUGUGGGCCAGAAAGAGGACAUGAAAAAUAGGGCACCCGUGGAGUGGAGGAAGCCAGUGUUGCCGAAAUGUGAGCAUUGUGGACGAGAAAACAGUGUUGCGCCGGUGCUUGGUGGUGUGAAGAAGAAGGCCAUAAAUUGGUUGUUCUUGUUUCUGUCUCAGACGCUGGGUUGUUGCACCAGUAAACAACUAAAGUAUUUCUGCAAGCACACCAAAAACCAUCGAACUGCUUCCAAAGACCACCUCCUUUAUAUCACUUACAGAGGAAUCUUCAGACAGUUUGCGUCUGAAUGCUUCGAUUUUUGA